AUGGAGAAAAAGUCAAAUGAAAGCUUCAGACAGUACGCACAAAGGUGGAGAGAAGUGGCCAUACAAGUUCAACCGCCGCUUCUAGAAAAAGAGACGACAAUACUCUUUAUUAACACCUUGAAAGCCCCUUUUAUCACUUAUAUGUUGGGAAGCGCCACCAAGAGCUUCUCCGACAUAGUGAUGACGAGAGAAAUGACCGAAAAUGCUGUAAGGAGCGGCAAGAUAGAAUCGGGAGAGAGUGCUAGGAAGUUAGCCCCGAGAAAAAGGGACAAUGAAGUAAACAACACGAGCACAUUCAACAAAGGGCAGUCCAAGUCAAUUACCGUAAAUCAACCCAAAACGGUGACUACCAAUCAACAAAGCUCUUAUCCCCUUUCUACCUGGAGCCACUGCAGCCCCCGUAUCCCAAAUGGUAUGACACAAAUGCCCAAUGUGAAUACCAUAGGAAUUACUGGGCACUCAAUCGAAAAUUGCACUGCGUUCAAGAAAGUGGUCGAAAGACUCAUUAAGGUGGGAAUCGUGAGAUUUGAUGAUCCAGCCACGCCCAAUGUAGUAGGAAACCUACUCCCCAAUCAUACCGACCAAGGAGUGAAUGGUAUAAGUGAAGGCUUGAACAAGAAGACCAAGUACGAGGUGGCAGAAGUCAAGACCCCGUUGAGGCGGGUAUGGAAAGAGAUGACCAAGAGAGGAUUGAUAGCAUUGGAUCCAAGGGAAGAAUCCGAAGAAGAGAGAAACUACUGUGAGUUUCAUGACGAGGUGGGGCAUGAAAUCCAAGAAUGUGUCGAAUUCAGGGCCCUCGUGCAGAACAUGAUAGAUAACAAAGAAACAGAAUUCUAUGAAGAAGCUAAAAGCCCCAUAGAGGGAAAUGUAUGCGCAUCCGAGGGAGAAUCAAAGGCGCAGAAUCAAAAACCUAAUUAUCCCGUGGUGAUCAUUUCGAGACCCAAAAAUAAUGAAGCUGGAAUACCGGGAAAAGAGAGCCUGGUUGGCGCUUCAAGAGGGGAUCAAGACAGAGGUUCCUAUACAUGUAGCGGGAGGCAUUAUGAUACGGUGAAUGAGGAGGAACAACCCACAAAAGGAAAAGCCCAGGUGGUCGAGAAAAUGAAGGGAAAAGCAACCAAACUUGUUAAUGAGCCAAUUAACGAAGAGGAGGCCAAGGAGUUUUUAAAAUUCCUAAAGCAUAGCGAAUACAGUGUGGUGGAACAGCUACGUAAACAACCAGCCCGCAUUUCAGUACUGGCCUUACUUCUAAGCUGGGAAGUUCAUCGUAGCACACUAAUGAAGGUCUUAAACGAGACAUAUGUUGCCAAUGAUAUAUCUGUUAGCAAGCUGGAUCGGUUGGUGAGCAACAUAAAUGCCGACAAUUAUAUCUUCUUUAAUGGUGACGAGAUACCACCCGGGGCAUGA